AAAAACAAAAUCUCGAAAUUCGAAGUUUGUUAAAUUAAGAUGCUUUUUACCUCUUCACAGUUCUCUCCUUCCCUUUUCUCCGGAUCCAAUACACACACACAGCACGCUCACUGCGUGCAAUGAUCCGCCAUUGAUUCCACCUUACACAGAUCCCGCCACCGCCGCUCUAUACGUACACGCUCCCCUGUAUCUAUCUACAUGUCUCGUCCACCUAACUACGAGUUUCAGGAAUGGUGGAACAAGCAACGAUCCAAGGACCCUGCCGACGACCACCACCACCACCACUUAUCCUCCUCCUCCUCCGCCUCCGAGGAUUUCAGAUUGUUGACCGUCAACAUCCACACACCGGCCUCACCUAUCACGUCGGCGGCCGCGGCGGCGGAGAAGGACCGCUCGCGCAGUGCGCGGCAGCUCUCGUGGAUUUACCUCCUCAAGCUCCACAAAAUCGCAAACUCGGUAGCUUUCGUCACCAACGGAUUCAUCACCCUCCUCCGCACCGCGAACCGCCGCAUCGCCACCUCCCCAUCGGGGCCCCGCUCGGAAUCGAAGUUCUACAGGAUCAUCAAAUUGUUCCUGAUAUUGAGUGUUUUCCUUCUUUCUAUCGAGCUCGUUGCCUACUUCAGGGGAUGGCAUUUUAGUCCUCCCACCCUGGAAUCGGAGGUGGAGAUGUCAGUGAAGUAUGUCUACGCGAAAUGGUUAGAAAUUAGGGUGAAUUACUUGGGGCCGCUGCUGCAGAGCUUGACGAAUGCGUGCAUUGUUUUGUUCCUCAUACAGUCUGUAGAUCGAUUGGUUUUGGUGCUCGGUUGUUUUUAUAUUAAAAUUAGGGGUUUGAGACCUGUGGCUGAGAUGGAUUACAAGCAGGACGCCGAGAAUGGGGCUUUGAACGCCGAUUAUUAUCCGAUGGUGAUGGUGCAAAUACCUAUGUGCAACGAGAGGGAGGUAUACCAGCAAUCCAUUGCAGCUGUAUGUGUCCAGGAUUGGCCAAGAGAGAGAAUGCUUGUACAAAUAUUAGAUGAUUCUGAUGAUGCAGAUGUUCAAAAUCUUAUUAAAGCAGAAGUGCAUAAAUGGCAGCAGAGAGGUGUGCACAUCAUUUAUCGACAUCGUCUUAUUCGCACAGGCUAUAAAGCAGGGAACCUUAAAUCUGCAAUGAAUUGUGAAUACGUGAAAAAUUAUGAGUUUGUAGCCAUCUUUGAUGCGGAUUUCCAGCCAGCGCCAGAUUUUCUGAAGAGCACCGUCCCUUACUUUAAGGGAAAAGACGACCUUGCACUAGUGCAAACCAGGUGGGCUUUUGUCAACAAGGAAGAAAAUCUGCUUACACGAUUGCAGAACAUAAAUCUGGCUUUCCAUUUUGAGGUUGAGCAACAAGUCAAUGGGUGGUUCAUCAACUUUUUUGGCUUUAACGGAACUGCUGGUGUUUGGAGAAUCAAAGCCUUAGAAGACUGUGGCGGCUGGUUGGAGAGGACAACCGUUGAAGACAUGGAUAUUGCUGUUCGUGCUCACUUGUGUGGCUGGAAAUUCAUUUAUCUAAAUGAUGUUAAGUGCCUAUGUGAACUUCCUGAGUCUUAUGAAGCGUACAAAAAGCAGCAGCAUCGCUGGCACUCAGGACCCAUGCAGUUAUUCCGCCUGUGUUUUUAUGACAUACUGCAUUCUAAGGUGAGUGUCUUCAAGAAAGCAAACUUGAUUUUCCUCUUCUUCCUCCUCCGAAAGCUAAUCCUACCAUUCUACUCCUUCACGCUAUUCUGCAUUAUUCUCCCACUGACAAUGUUCAUGCCCGAAGCUCAACUCCCGUUUUGGGUUGUCUGUUACAUACCCGGACUCGUCUCUAUACUCAACAUCCUUCCAUCUCCUCAAUCAUUCCCAUUUAUAGUCCCGUAUCUCCUCUUCGAAAACACAAUGUCUGUCACCAAAUUCAAUGCUAUGAUAUCAGGUCUCUUUCAAUUAGGAAGUUCUUACGAAUGGAUAGUCACCAAGAAAUUGGGCAGGUCAUCCGAGGCAGAUUUAGUUGCCAUUAUGGGAAACGAAUCGACCCCUCUCAUGGAAAGUGGGGUCCACAAAUCUUCAUCAGAAUCGGGAUUGGCUGAGCUUAACAAGCUGGAAAUGAACAAGAAAAUGGGGAAGAAGAAGAGAAACCGUUUGUACAGGAAAGAGCUUGCUCUUUCGUUUAUUUUGUUGACUGCUUCGGUUAGAAGUUUGCUAUCUGCUCAGGGAAUUCACUUUUAUUUCCUCUUAUUUCAAGGUGUCACUUUUCUCAUUGUUGGUCUCGAUUUGAUCGGGGAACAAGUGAGUUGAUUCGUUCGGAGAAUUUCUAAAUAUCGAAUCUUUCUGCGUGGAUUUCGCCAGUAACGGUAAGUUAUGGCCCCCCACCCUCUCGGAGAUUUACGUGAUCAUUGAUUGGUAUAAUUUGUGAAGGAUAAUCAUCCACAUUCAUGUGUGUUCAUUAGAAGAUUGAUUGCAUACUAUUUCUCAUUAGUGGAAAAUUGUUCAUCAGAAUAUAGUAUAGAUAGUUGGCAGGACAAUUGGACUUUUUAUUUUAUUUUGUUAGUUUGGUGUAAUUUAUUGUGCCACGUCCUCUUGCAGGAUACUUUUUUUUUUUAAUUAAUUUUUUUUUUUUGAAAAUUCGAUUCUUUAUUGUUGUAAUUGACAGAUAAUGUACAAUUCAUUAAGUUAUUUUCAAUGGAGAUAACAAAUAGAAAUGAUGUUUUGUUUG